UAACAAUAAAGCACACUUUGACACAAAACACAAACUUCAAUUUGCCACUUUCCACAGCAGCCAUGACAUCCAAUGACACCACAACUCCUCCAUAUGCCACCACAGUGAAGCCGAUGGCACCACCGCCGGAAAACAAGGAUAGCAUAGGGCCGGUGGUUGAUGUUGGAUUGAGGUUCUUGCUGUUUGCAACUGCCUUGGUUGCAAUCAUCGUUAUGGUCACUUCUAAACAAACCAAACUGGUUCCUUUUUUAGGCAUCUCAAUUGUCGCAAAGUUCACUCAAUCCCCAGCUUUCGUAUACUUUGUAGCAGCACUAUCGGUGACUUGUUUGUACAGCGUAAUCACCGGCGUGGUAUCGCUUUUGGUGUUGAUGAAGCCAGGAGGACAAUUCACAACGCUUCAGUUCCAUUUUGUGAUACUUGAUGCUCUGCUAUUAGGCAUCGUGGCUGCAGCGACAGGAGCAGCAGGAGGAGUCGGAUACAUUGGAUACAAAGGAAACUCGCAUUCGCAAUGGAACAAGGUUUGUGAUAACUUUGGUUCCUUCUGCACACACUUUGCAGCCUCAAUUUUUCUAUCGCUUAUAUCCUCCAUAUUGCUUCUACUGCUCGUCUGGCGCUCCGUUUAUGUGCUUUCGAAGAAGAUCAGCAGGCCAUAAUAUGAUUAUUUCAGAUGGAGAUUUUUGUAAUCGAUCUCUGCGCACCAUGUAAUAAAAACAUAGCUAAUCAAGUAGCAUAUGUGUAAAUUUCUAGUUUUAUUUUGUCAACAACAAUUUGGAUUCACUUAACCUUGGUGUUUGAAUAUUUUCGUGAA